AGAUGGUUGUGUUCGUAGUUUGUGUACUCUAAUAAAUUAUUUACGCAUGAUUCAUUAAUUGUAGUACACACAUCCUUUAAUUACCCAAUUAAAUCCUUUAAAAAUGGCAUUAAGUGCGAAAGCGGAAGACUACUUCCGUACAAUGAAUCCGCUUGCUUCAAAAAUGUACGAAGACAUUUGCGAAGCUAAAAACUCUUACGAAAACAUCUGGGAUACGCUUACUGAGAAGGAAAAGACUGAAAUAAUAAACGAAUCAAUCAUAAAACCCGAAAUCUCUCUAAAAUACGCUCUACUCGACACGCUAGAGUUUGAUUUAGACAACCCGCCGGUCCGGAAAGAUGAUCUUAUGUCAUUCUUCGGUCGAGACCACGGGCAGAGGAUUAUUCAGGAUGAGAACACUUCAUAUAGAGAUGAGCAUUCAGCGCCGUUCCUGUAUCAGACGAAGAGUCAGCUUAAUCUUUGUGUGUUGAGCGAACACAGGCCACCAAAAGAGCCUCCCACAUCGCCGCCCCCCGUAAUGUCCGAGCUUGCGAUGUCCCACUCGAAGGUGGUUAGCGAGCUGAAGAACGCCCUCAAAUCUCACGACAUAUUGAAGUAUAAGGAACCUCAGGAAAAAGACACGUCGCCAGGAUUCAUUACCAAGUUUAUGGGUAACUUCAAGUCCAAGGACGAGGAACGGGAGUGCCUAGUCGCCGGCACGACGGCUCAGAUAGUGGCCUCUAGCGAGAAUUUCUUCAGGACCAACUUUAAAAGUCCUCACUCGGAGACUAAGUUUGAGAAGGACUAUAGAAGUAGCAUUGCAAAGAGUAGCAGUGAUCUCUCCGAAGAAAACCGCGGUCUGCUCUCCUCUAGCCAAGCGUCGUCAGGAACAGACUUCCAGUCUACGGAAACGUUGACAGACUCAGUGCCAAAGACUGGUUACGAUUUCUUAGACAACUGGUAAUAGCAUAUCAAGGUCACUAUCCAACUACAACUUUUUUAGUAUAUCACCAGAAAAAGGCGUGAUAUUCAGUUUUAUUUCCCCCUCGGAAACACGUGUUUUAUCCUUAUUUGACCUUGAAUUUAGUCAAAUAUACUCAAAUAAAUAAAACAGAUGUCGAACUACUGGAAGCAGUGAUAAACCCGUUUUUUGCGUUGUACUUU